AUGGCGGGAGGACCACCGAGCGGUGCCGCGAGCACGAUCGGGACAGGCGACACACUGGCUGACCAGCAUCCUUACCAGGACAGGCGUCGUUCCUUCAUGGUUGAUGCUGAUGCCUCGGAACUCCAAAGAAUCGCAUCUGUUCUCUCUCGACAUCAAUCUCAUGUGCGUCAACCCACUGCAAAGGACGACCCUACACUGGAUCCCGAAUCAGACCAUUUCGAUGUGACGCGAUGGGUACGCCAUUUUGUCGGACAACUCAACAAGCAAGGCCACAAGGCAACCAACCUGGGUGUUGUUUUUCGGGACCUGGAUGUCUUUGGGUCGGGUUCAGCUCUGCAGCUUCAAGAGACGGUCGAUUCAGUUCUUCUCGCCCCCUUUCGACUCGGAGAACUAUUCGGCAGUCACAAAAAGGAGCGGAAGCAAAUUCUGCAUGGUUUCAACGGCUUGCUCAAGAGUGGCGAGCUUCUAGCUGUUCUGGGCCGUCCUGGAUCAGGAUGCAGCACCUUUCUCAAGAGCCUCUGCGGAGAGCUGUACGGCUUGGACGUCGGCAAGCGGUCCGUCAUUCAUUAUAAUGGCGCCUCUCAGGCUCAGAUGAAGAAGGAGUUUAAGGGCGAGGUUGUGUAUAACCAAGAGGUCGACAAGCACUUUCCCCAUCUCACAGUCGGUCAAACCCUUGAACACGCCGCUGCAAUGCGCACCCCCUCCAACCGGGCCGAGGGCAUGUCGAGAUCUGAAUACUGCCAGUACAUCGCCCGCGUCGUCAUGGCUGUUUUUGGCCUCAGUCACACCUAUCACACCAAGGUGGGAAAUGACUACGUACGAGGUGUCUCCGGUGGCGAACGAAAGAGGGUCAGUAUUGCCGAGAUGAUGGUGGCCGGCUCUCCCAUCUCGGCUUGGGACAACAGCACACGAGGUCUUGACUCGACUUCAGCCCUCAAAUUUGUCCAGGCCCUUCGACUCUAUUCCAACAUUGCUGGCUCGGCAAAUGCCGUGGCCAUGUACCAAGCCAGUCAAGCCAUUUACGACGAAUUCGACAAGACAACAGUCCUUUAUGCCGGCCGUCAAAUCUACUUUGGCCCUGCCAAUGCGGCAAAAGCUUUCUUUGAGCGUCAGGGCUGGUUCUGCCCUCCUCGUCAAACCACUGGUGACUUUUUGACAUCAGUUACUAACCCCGAAGAACGCAUCCCUCGACCUGGCAUGGAACAAAAGGUGCCACGGACGCCCGAGGACUUUGAGCAGUACUGGCUUGCUUCGCCCGAGUUCAAGGCCCUCCAAGAAGAAAUGGCCGCGUAUGACCAAGAGUUUCAGGGAGAGCGUCAGAUCCAAAGUCUGAGCCAUCUGCGAGAGACCAAGAAUCACAAGCAGGCCAAACACGUCCGCCAAGGUUCCCCAUACAUCAUCAGCAUCCCCAUGCAGAUCAAGCACAACACUGUUCGCGCCUACCAGAGGGUUUGGAACGAUAUCUCGGCCACUCUGGUCAAUGUCGGUGCUAAUCUGAUCCUGGCCCUCAUUAUCGGUUCCAUUUUUUACGGCAACCCCGAUGCCACUGUCGGUUUUGAAGGCAAGGGAUCUGUCUUGUUCAUGGCCAUCCUGUUGAACGCCCUCACCGCCAUCUCGGAAAUCGAUAGUCUUUACGAUCAGCGACCCAUUGUCGAAAAACAUCACUCCUACGCGUUUUACCAUCCCGCCACCGAAGCAGCAGCUGGCAUUGUGGCCGACUUGCCCAUCAAGUUUGCUGCGGCUGUCGUGUUCAAUCUCAUUGCCUACUUUCUAGCCGGCCUUGGCCGGACACCCUCUCAAUUCUUUCUCUACUUUUUGAUCUCGUACAUUUCGACUUUUGUCAUGAGCGCCAUUUUCCGGACUCUGGCGGCCAUCACCAGAACCGUCUCUCAGGCCAUGGCGUUGGCUGGUGUGUUGGCCUUGGCACUGGUCAUGUACACUGGCUACAUUAUUCCUGUGCCGCAGAUGCACCCCUGGUUUGGCUGGAUUCGGUGGAUCAACCCCAUCUACUACGCUUUCGAGAUCCUGGUCGCCAACGAGUUCCACGGGAGGGAAUUCACUUGCUCGGACAUUAUCCCGCCAUACUCUCCUCCGCAAGGCUCGAGUUGGAUCUGUGCCAGUGCUGGAGCGGUCGCUGGAAGGCCAACCGUCAACGGAGAUGCAUACAUCUCUGUGGCCUACCAGUACACGUACGAUCACGUCUGGAGAAACUUUGGCAUCCUCAUUGGCUUCUUGAUCUUUUUCAUGGGCGUGUAUUUUGCCGCCGUGGAGCUCAACUCAUCCGUGACAAGCACAGCCGAAGCCUUGGUCUUUCAGCGUGGCCAUGUCCCCUCUCACUUGCAAAAGGGUAGAGAUGAAGAGCGCGGGGGAGAGGGCGGUGCUGCGGCGGAAAGGGGAGCUCAAAACCCCGAGAAUAGUGCCAUUGAGCCUCAGAAGGACAUUUUCACUUGGAAAGAUGUGGUGUACGAUAUUGAUGUCAAGGAGGGCAAGCGUCGGCUGUUGGACCAUGUCUCUGGAUGGGUGAAACCAGGUACGCUUACGGCUCUGAUGGGCGCUUCUGGUGCCGGCAAGACGACAUUAUUGGACGUUCUCGCCCAGCGCACCAGCAUCGGCGUUGUCACCGGGGACAUGCUUGUCAACGGCAGGCCAUUCGGGGCCGACUUUCAACGUCAAACCGGUUAUGUGCAACAACAAGGUAUAGAAAGUCUCCGUUUCAGCGCCAUGCUUCGCCGCCCCAAGACGGUUUCCAAAGCAGAAAAGUUUGCGUUUGUCGAAGAAGUCAUCAAGAUGCUCGGCAUGGAGGAAUAUGCCAACGCUGUUGUUGGUAUUCCAGGCGAGGGCCUCAACGUCGAACAACGAAAACUUCUCACGAUUGGCGUUGAACUGGUGGCCAAACCCAAACUGUUGCUGUUCUUGGAUGAGCCCACCAGCGGCCUUGACUCGCAGAGCGCCUGGGCCAUUUGCGUCUUUCUGCGUAAGCUCGCCGAUGCUGGCCAGGCUGUGUUGUGCACUAUUCAUCAACCCAACGCCAUCUUGUUUCAACAGUUUGACCGGCUCCUGUUCCUGGCCAAGGGGGGAAAGACAGUCUACUUUGGAAACAUUGGACAAAACUCCAAGUCCCUGUUGGAAUACUUUGAGCACCAUGGAGCCAGGCACUGCGGCGACGAUGAGAAUCCUGCCGAGUACAUGCUCGAGAUUGUGGCCGAAGGCGCCAACAAUAAGGGCCAGGACUGGCAUUCGGUCUGGAAGAACAGCGACGAGUUCAGGGAUGUUCUCGCCGAGAUUGACAGGAUCCAUUCUUCUUCCCAACAAGACACCGUCGCCGCUCCUGCUGCGGGAGAGCCAAACUCGGAGUUUGCCAUGCCGUUCCAUGCGCAGGUUUGGGAGGUGACACGGCGCAUCUUUCAGCAGUACUGGAGAAUGCCGGGAUAUGUCCUGGCCAAGUUCGCACUGGGAAUCAUGUCCGGCCUCUUUAUUGGUUUCACCUUUUACCAAGCCGACGGGACUCAGGGUGGUAUGAGAAAUAUUGUUUUUGCCGUGUUCAUGGUCACCACCAUCUUUACCACACUUGUGCAGCAGAUCCAACCCCUCUUCAUCACCCAACGAUCUCUCUACGAAGUUCGUGAGCGCCCUUCCAAGGCGUAUUCCUGGAAGGCGUUCCUCAUCGCCAAUAUCGUCGUCGAGAUUCCCUAUCAGAUCCUCACGGGCAUACUCACAUAUGCGUGCUUUUACUAUCCCGUUGUCGGCACAGGCCAGACAUCUUCCCGCCAGGGCCUCAUCCUGCUCUUCAUCAUCCAGCUGUUCAUAUACGCCAGCGCCUUUGCGCACAUGACCAUCGUCGCCAUGCCGGAUGCCCACGCCGCAGCUGGCAUCGUCAUCCUCCUGACAAUGAUGAGCACCAUCUUUAGCGGUGUGCUCCAGACGAGAAUCGCAUUGCCCGGGUUUUGGGUGUUUAUGUACUACGUCAGCCCGUUCACAUACUGGAUCAGCGGAAUCGUGUCGACUGUGCUGCACGAGAGGCCAGUCGAGUGCUCCGUGUCGGAGACCUUGAUCUUUGACCCGCCCCAGGGAAUGAACUGCGCGCAGUAUCUCUCUCCCCUGGCCGGACAGGGUUCAGGCUCGCUUCAAAACCCCUUCGACACUGAAGGGUGCAGGUAUUGCGGGUUUGGCGUUGCGGACCAAUAUCUCGCCGGGGUCGACAUCUUUUGGGAGGACAGGUGGAGGAAUUUUGGAAUCAUGUGGGCGUAUAUCGCGUUCAACAUUGCGGUUGCCAUUGGAGUUUAUUACAUCUUCAGGGUGAGAAAGAUGACAAAGAAGUAA